AUGGAGGGCAACGAGCAAAACCCUCAAGGCAAAAACCAUGCGUUAUUAUUCGACCAAGAUAGCUUCCAGUUGGACGACUUAAAUCAGGAAGAUCGAACGGUUCUUCAAGACUUCAGGAGCGACGAGCAAUGGUCACAGCUCAAACGGGGAAACAGAAUAAUGAAUCUCAUUAGAAAAAUAUGGGAAGGGCCUGUAGAGCCGGCAGACGAAAAGCCCAACUUCACAUCCCAUUCGUUGCAAUAUCUGGACGGCUUACCAGCAAAGAUGCAAGCGGGCCGGUUCUCUCAAAAAAGCACCAGGUUGACAGUUUUGUUAGUGUAUUGCUCACUUUGGUUUGGUCUAAUAUUCUGCCUACUGUAUACAUCACUGAUCAAGGCUCCAUUCUUCUAUCCCAAUGACGGUAGCGACAGAAUACCUAUAGUUUCGCUAAGGUGCAACUCUUAUUGGAAUUGGGAAGGAAAGAAUAAUGCAUGUGGUAAGGACGCUUCAGCCUGUGAACCGCUCAGCGACGAGGAAUAUCUUAUAAGAUGUCCAGCGCUAUGUGACAGGGGUGGCUGGACGUAUUCUGCCAUUUCGGUUGGCGAUCAAAGAAUCAAAUAUAGAGGUUACGAAAUUGGAGGAGGCCCGGUACCACUGGAUCUUGACUCAGAGUACUUGUCCUAUCCGUACAGAGCCGACUCAUUUGCCUGUUCAUCUGCCUUUCACGCCGGGGUCAUUUCUCCGAUCUUUGGUGGCUGUGCCAGGUUAUCGAUGGAAGGCUCGCAAUCCUCGUUCCCAGGAAGCUUGGGCAGGUACGCCCAUCUGUCUGUAACCUUUGAUUCCUUCUUUCCCGGCUCGUUCUCUUUUAAGAAACUUCGAGAUGGAGUGAGUUCAGGUUGCAUUGAUCUUCGGAUGAUUAUUAUCACAUUGAAUAUUCUGCUCGGAUUACCAGUUUUUUAUUUCUGCAACAGCUUGGUUGGAUAUUGGAUCACGACAAUUGUCGGAUACUGGACCAUUUCGCUGGCAUUAGAUCCCCCAAGAUUAAUAGAUCCCCACGACGCUGCCACGAUAUAUGAGCUUAUCAGCGUGGCUGUGCAGCGCCUUCUUCCGUUGUGUUUCAUUUUGUAUGUUGAAUGGAAAUGUGCCGUCAAGAGAUGCCUGGAAGAUGGGUCUCCAGUAGCGAAAGUUUUAUUAUGGUAUCCCACAUUUUGGCUUGGUGUAAUGAAUAAGAUCACCUUUGAUAGACUUCCAGUCGAUAGAUUAACCACGAGAGAUCUUAAAGAGCAAGCUGGGGCAAUAACUGCGGUAAGUUUCAUUGCAGCUACAGUUCUAACCUGUGCAAUUAUUCAGGCGUAUUCUCUAUGGAAAUCUGGCAGGUUUAGAAAGUACUUCAAGAUCUACAUUUCGAUCAUCUUCGGGGUCGUUUUGCUGGGAUGUAUACCAGGAUUGAAUCUAAGGAUCCACCAUUAUAUUUUAGGCAUGAUCUUACUUCCAGGAUGCGCGACAAGAGGUCGCUCUGCGUAUCUGUUUCAGGGAGUUCUUAUAGGGCUCAUCUUGUCAGGCGUGGCAAGGUGGGACUUUGCUAGCAUAGUGGAAACGGACUUUGCAUUACUCAGAGGGGAGGCUGGAUCCUUUCUAGAGCCGCCGCAGUUUGUCUUUGAUGCCCAAAAUCCUCAUCAUAUAUCGUGGAAGCUCAACUCAAAUGCCACUGCCUCGAUCGACGCAGAGAAUAUUAAUGGAUACUCUCUUUUGAUCAAUGAUUUUGAAGUUUACGUAGGGGCAGACACCAGCGUUGAUCUCGACAUGCUAAUUCAAGAAGAUGAACUGCUCUCGUCGAUAUUACAAGAAUCGUUGAACCAAUCUAAUGGCACCAUCAAAUUGUAUCUGAGGCUGGCGCGCGCAUCCAUCGAGCAUCCAGAUACAGUUCGUGGAGACUAUACAAAUGCAGGAAUUCUAGAGUGGCCAGAAGGUGUGUGGCAUGAGCCAUUACCUGGAGCAUCUUAG